AUGCAGACCAACGCCCCACUGGACCCCGAACGGGAGUCCCUUAUAAGCAAUGUUAUAAAGAAAAUGGUCGAACGGAACGGCAUCAACAACCGACUUCGUAAAAUCGAUGCCGAUACCAAGUUGGUUCAGAAGGAGCUUUUAUUUGUUCAGGACCAAACCCAAGCGCUGUUGAGCAUCGGGCACUAUAUUGGGGAAGUCCUCAAGCGCGUCGACGACGAGCGGUUUAUUGUGAAGAGCAUCAGUGGCGCUCGGCACCUCGUGGGGUUUAAGAAAAGCAUACAGCCGGAGAAGCUCAAGUUCGGGGCGCGGGUGGCGCUGGAGGUGACGACUUUGACCAUCGUCAAACUCCUGCCGCGGGAGGUGGAUCCGCAGGUCUACAGUAUGAAGUACAUGAGCGAUGAAAAGAAUGUCUCCUUCCAGGAAAUCGGCGGCUUACAGGAGCAGAUGCGGCAAAUGCGUGAGGUGAUCGAGCUUCCCCUGACGAAUCCGGAGCUUUUUAUACGGGUUGGCAUCGUCCCGCCGAAAGGGGUGUUGCUGUAUGGUCCACCAGGGACUGGGAAGACGCUGCUCGCCAAGGCCAUCGCCUCGAACGUGGAUGCCGCCUUCCUAAAGGUGGUGGGGUCCGCGAUUGUCGAUAAGUAUAUCGGGGAGUCCGCGCGUAUCGUUCGCGAGAUGUUCGCUUACGCCCGCGAGCAUGAACCGUGUAUUAUCUUUAUCGAUGAGGUAGAUGCCAUUGGCGGCAAGCGUAUCGAAGGGUCGUCGUCCGAUCGUGAGAUCCAGCGUACGUUGAUGGAGCUGCUCAACCAGAUGGAUGGCUUUGAUCAGCUCGGUCGGGUGAAGUUGAUCAUGGCAACAAACCGUCCGGAUACCCUGGAUCCGGCCCUCAUGCGGCCUGGUCGACUUGACCGAAAGAUUGAAAUUAGUCUGCCCAAUGAAGCCGGUAGACUUGAUAUUCUUCGAAUCCAUGCCGCGAAGAUCACCAAGCGCGGUGAGAUCGAUUAUGACAGCGUGGUGAAGCUUUCAGAGGGCUUUAAUGGUGCGGAUCUGCGCAACAUGUGCACGGAGGCGGGUAUGUUCGCGAUUCGUGCGGGUAGGGACUACGUCGAAAGCGACGAUUUUAACAAGGCGGUGCGAAAAGUGGUGGAUAUGAAGCGUCUGGAAGGGCAAGCACAUCAGUACUCUGUACAAUAA